AUGCCAUUCGGACAGAAGAACGCAGGAGCCACAUACCAGUGGUUGAUGAAUAAGGUAUUCGUCGACCAUAUCGGGCAGCUAAUGGAAGUCUACAUGGAUGACAUGCUGGUCAAAACUCAAAGGGAGGAGACAUUCCUGUCCGACUUGGCCGAGGUAUUUGGCACCAUAAAGAAGCACGAGAAGAGGCUAAACCCCACAAAGUGCACCUUUGCAGUAGAAGCCGGUAAAUUCUUAGGGUUUAUACUAAUCCAAAGAGGCAUCGAAGCAAAUUCAGACAAAUGCCAGGUCAUACUCAACAUGAAAAGCCCAACAUGUGUAAAGGAGUACCUGGCUGACUUCGUCGUUGAAUACACCAAUGCCCUGGGAGCACCCGUCUUAUGGAGCCUAUAUGUUGACGACUCAUCAAACAAAGCCGGGAGCGGAGCAGGCAUCAUCCUAGAAAGUGGUCAAGGAACUCAAAUAGAGCUAUCCCUAAAGUUUGAGUUCUCCACCUCAAACAACCAAGCAGAAUACGAAGCCCUGUUGACUGGCUUAAAGCUGGCUAAAGAGGUCGGGGCACAGAGACUCACCAUCUUCAGCGACUCACAGAUAGUUACCUUACAGAUAGAUGGAAGCUACCAAGCAAAAGAUACCACCAUGAAGAAAUAUCUGGACAGAACCAAGGAGCAGCUCGAGAGCUUUGGUGAAUGUGAGGUCCGAUACAUACCCCGAGAACAAAAUGCCUGA